UAAACGACUGAAUUUUAUAAUACGUGUGACUUACUUUUUGAAAAAAACUUGGAAGACAGACCUCUUCGUUGACAGCAUGAUUAUUUCUAGAUUACAAUCAAUUGGUUGCUUUGUUCUGCUAGGGUUAUCGAUAUUGAUUGCUAUUGUUUCGGUGUGGGUAAUUAUCUCACAACAUAACGUCACAAAUGAAAUCCCUGAUCCAGAAUUUGAAUUGCCACCAUCAAGUAUGCCGAUGGGUUUGUACAAGAAAGCCGGAGUAGUGUCAAACGGUGGACCGUGCGCACAAAUCGGAAUGGACGUGAUGGCCAAAGGUGGAAAUGCCGUUGAUGCUGCUAUAGCUACAAUUAUAUGUGACGGUGCUCUAUGUCCUCACUUUAUGGGUUUGGGUGGAGGAUUUUUAAUGAGUAUAUACAAUGCCACAACCAAAAAAGUAAUGUCAAUCAAUGCUCGUGAAACAGCGCCAUUAGCUGCAACAGACUCCAUGUUUGUAGAACACCUAAACUUUCUGUGA